AUGGGGCUCAAAGCGAGCCUCGUGGUUCUCUCUCUCCUCCUGGCCCUGGCCCUGGCCUCGGCCUCGGCCACGGCCAAGCAGGAUCCGGAGCUGAAGCAGUGCCGGCACCAGUGCAAGGUCCAGCAGCAGUUCUCCGAGGAGCAGCAGCGGCAGUGCGAGCAGCGCUGCGAGGACUACUACCUCCAGAAGCAAGAGCGCAAGCGGGAGGAAGGCCGAGAGGAAGAGAAAGGCGGCGGUGACGACCGGAAGCAGCUGAAGGAGUGCCAGAAGCAGUGCGAGAGGCGACAGCAGAAGGGACGGAGCAGGGAGGGGUGCCAGCAGCGCUGCGUCGAGGCGUACGGGCGGAAGGGAGAGGACCAGCCGCGGAAGAGGAGAGGAAAGGAGGAUCAGGAGAAGGAGAGAGGGAGGGAGUGGGUUAGUGACAGGUACGAGGAGGAGGAGGAGGAGGAGGAGGAGGAAGGACGAGAGAGUGAAGGACGAGAAGAGAGCGAUAACCCUUACGUCUUCGACCGAGAGCACUUUAAAGCCGUAGUCGAGACCGAGCACGGAAGGGUCAGCGUGCUCCCCAAGUUCACCAAGAGGUCGAAGCUCCUCCGCGGCAUCGAGAACUUCCGGCUUGCGCUGCUCGAGGCCGAGCCCAACACCUUUGAGGUCCCAAGCCACUGGGACACCGACGCCGUUCUCUUCAUCGUCGAGGGAAGAGGUACGAUCACGCUGGUGCGACAGAACAAGAGGCAAAGCAUCAACAUAGAGGAAGGUGACAUAGUGAGGGUUGAGGCCGGGACUCCUGUCUACAUGAUCAACCGGGACCAAAAUCAGAAGCUCAUCAUCGCCCAGCUCCUCCGGCCAGUCAACCUUCCCGGCCAAUUUGAGGCGUUCUAUGGAACUGGUGGUCAGAACCCUGAAUCAUUCUACACAGCCUUCAGCUGGGAGGUUCUUGAAGCUGCCUUGAAGACCGACCGGAACAAGUUGGAGAGGUUGUUCGGGCAACAGCAGCAAGGAGCCAUAGUGAAAGCCUCGAGGGAGCAGAUCGAGGCCUUGAGCGGGCACGAGGAAGGCGGCCGGUGGCCCUUCGGUGGGGGCGAGUCGCAUGGCUCGAAGGGAUCGCGCUCCUUCAACCUGUUCAACAAGCAUCCUUCCCAUGCAAACCAGCACGGCCAGUUGUACAUCGCCGAUAGAGACGAUUUCAAAGAGCUGGAAGACAUGGACGUCAUGAUCUCCUUCGCCAACAUUACCCAGGGGUCCAUGAUCGGUCCACACUACAACUCCAGGGCCACCAAGAUAUCCUUCGUGACCGAAGGCGAGGGCUACUUAGAAAUGGCAUGCCCCCACCUCUCGUCCUCGCGGUCCAAGCACUCCCGCCACCAGAAGCAACAGGGCGGUGGCGGCGGUGGUCGGACCUACCAGAAGGUGCGGGCCCAGCUGAGGCGGGGCACCGCCUUUAUCGUCCCGGCAGGUCAUCCUGUGGCGGCGAUCGCAUCCAAGAACAGCAACCUCCAGAUCGCGUGCUUCGAGGUGAAUGCCGAGAACAACGUCAGGUACCCUCUCGCGGGGAAGAGGAACAUAAUCGACCUGAUGGAGAGGGAGGCGAAGGAGCUGGCUUUCAACUUCCCGUCGAGGGACGUGGAUCGGAUCUUCAAGAGCCAGGACGAGGAGUUCUUCUUCGCCGGGCCGGAGGAGUGGCAAGAGCAGGAGAAAGGCUACGCCGACGAGUGA